UUUCCGUAUGGCCACAGCUGCGUGCUGCUGAAGACGACCGAGCUCGACCGGAGUUGGCAGCCAAGUAAAUCUCUGGCAGCUUGGCCUGACUGGUGCGGUCGCCCUCUGAAGCCGACCUCACUCGACGCUCCUUGUUGUAUUUCUCCGUCGGGAAUCUUACGGAGAGCUUGUCCGUAGAUUUGGGCGUUCGUAGUUCAGUACAGAUGCUUGUCACGACGCGAUCCAACCGAGUCAUCAUCUUAACAUGUCCACUUCAGGAAUCAGGCCACCCAUUCGGCAUCUCCGGCGAUCAUUAAAUUCUACUUCUGCGUAGCCAUGUCCACCCCUGAGUCCCUCGUCCCUUCUCCCGACGCCCGAGUCUCGCCGGCCUGCGGCGAUCACCGGCGACGCCGCCGCCUCCCCAUGGCGUUCCUCCACCACCUUAACUCGAUCCAGGAGUGGAACCGCGUGUUCCUCCUCGUGUGCGCCGCGGGGCUCGUCAUCGACCCGCUCUUCUUCUACUCCCUCUCCAUCAGCGCCGGCCGCCUCUGCCUCUUCGUCGACGGCUGGUUCGCAGUCUCCGUCACCGUGUUGCGCUGCAUGGCCGACCUAGUCCACCUCGUCAACGUGUACCUGCAGCUCGCCGCGGGACCGGGCGACGCUCAUUACACGCCGUCGCCGGCGUCCGCAGUUAAUGGAGCGGAGGCGAGAGGUUCAGGGGCUCCGAAGGCUAGAGGAUACUUGAGGUCCAAGACGGGAUUUCUCCUCGACCUCUUCAUCGUUCUUCCAGUCCCUCAGAUUGUUCUGUGGAUUGUAACUCCGGCUAUGUUACGCCGAGGGAUGACAACGAAAGUGAUGACGGUGUUCUUCAUCUCCUUCGUGUUCCAGUACUUUCCAAAGAUCUACCACUCCGUCUGCUUCCUGCGCAGGCUGCAGAGCAUGCUGGGCUACGUCUUCGGCACCAUUUGGGGCGGAAUCGCUCUCAAUUUGAUCGCUUACUUCGUGGCCUCACAUGCAGCAGGCGCUUGCUGGUACUUGCUGGGGAUUCAAAGAGCCGCCAAGUGCCUCACUAAACAGUGCGUCGGAACGACCGGAUGCAGAAUUGAGGCGGCGGCGUGCAUCGAUCCGAUCUAUUUCGGCGACUCCGUAGCGAGCUUGAAUGGGGAGAGGAGGAGUUGGGCCAAAAACCUAAACGCUCGGGCGACAUGCCUAGACAGCAGCGACCAGUUCGAUUAUGGUUCUUACAGAUGGAUCGUCCCUCUCGUCACGAACCCUAGUCGCGUGGAGAAAGUCCUGUUCCCAAUCUUUUGGGGCCUCAUGACUCUGAGCACAUUUGGGACCAUCGAGAGCACGACCGAGUGGUUGGAGAUCGCCUUCAACAUCGUCAUCGUCACCAGCGCGCUACUUUUGGUGACGACGCUGAUCGGGAACAUCAAGGUUUUCCUCCACGCGACGACGUCCAAGAAGCAAGCUUUGCACUCGAAGAUGCGGAGCCUGGACCGGUGGAUGCGGCGGCGGAACAUGCCGGUGGAGAUCCGGCAGCGGGUGCGGCAGUACGAGCGGCAGCGUUGGGCGGCGAUGCGAGGGGUGGACGAGCUCGACAUGACGCGGCAGUUGCCGGAUGGUAUGAGGAGGGACAUCAAGUACCACCUCUGCCUCGACCUCGUUCGGCAGGUGCCUUUGUUCCAACACAUGGAUGAACUGGUGCUGGAGAACAUCUGCGACAGAGUGAAAUCGCUCAUCUUUCCGAAAGGAGAAAUUAUCACAAGAGAAGGCGAUCCAGUACAGAGGAUGCUGUUCGUUGUGCGCGGCCACAUGCAGAGCAGCCAGCGGCUGCGCGACCGCGUCCGAAGCCAUUGCAUGCUCGGCCCCGGCAACUUCAGCGGCGACGAGCUCCUCUCCUGGUGCCUCCGCCGCCCGUUCGUCGACCGCCUGCCGCCGUCCACGUCCACGCUGGUGGCCGUGGAGUCGACCGAGGCAUUCGGUCUCGACGCGGAGGACCUCAAGUACGUGACGCAGCACUUCCGCCACACGUUCGUCAGCGAGCGGGUCCGGCGGAGCGUGCGGUACUACUCUCCCGGGUGGCGAACGUGGGCAGCGGUGGCGAUCCAGCUGGCGUGGUGGCAGCGGAAGCAGCGGCGAACCCUGACGUCGCUGUCCUUCGUGCGGCCGCGACGGCCGACGUCGCGAAGCGCGUCGAUGGAGGAGGAGAGACUGAGGCUGUACACAGCGCUGUUGACGUCGCCGAAGCCCAAUCAAGACGAUUUCGCUGCGUGAGUAUCGGAGAGGUGGCGGCGACGAUGAUUCCAGGCUCAUGCUCGUCCAAUUUCGCCGUUAUUUUAUUCCCACAAUAAAAUUAAUGUAUAUUUCUCGAAAAAUCUCUCGCGGUUCAUAAAUGAAUUACUGUACGAGAUUUAAAAGGCUGCUACAACACGGCUCUCUUGGCCACUGUGGAGCCUCCACAUCCGUUUAUUUAUCUUUUUUUUUUUUUAAGUCGGUCCGUAUCCAUCGAAUAAAUUGAGAAACACUCGGACUCAGUUUUUAGGUCAA